GCGUGUGUAUAUAUAUAUAUACGAUUAUAGGAAAAAUACGCGAUUAGCGGAAAGUUUUAAGUUAUACGAAAUAUCUGGUUAUAAGGAAAAGAUAUAAUAGAUAGUUCACUUUUAUUUCCACUUUUAUUGGUCUAUUUUUAGCGCGGUAUAUCAUUAAGGUUAUUAAUGAUUUUUAUUAAUAAAUCAUUAGUACAAAAACACGUAGAGGAAAUACAGAUAUGCAACUCUUUUUUUUUUGUAAUACACAUUAUAGCUCCGCUGUAUUUAUCUUUACAUCCGAUUUCGGAACGUAUUCUCUUAUCUUUUGUCAUAUUAACAUUUUACUAUGAAACAACGCAAACAUCACUUCCCUCGGCAAACACGGAACGCCGAGCUAUUCUGCAAAGCUUUGCAUUUCUAUCGAUAAUAUUGCCUGGUGAUAAUCUCGCAAUACCUCGCAAACUUUUCAAGGAUGUCAACGGAAGCGGCAUGAUAAAAUCAUCAUGAUAAAGCUGACAAGUAUAGUCUUUAAUCGAUAAAUUCGGUAAUUUAUUACUCAUAAAAUUAACUUAAACAUUUUUAAUAGCGAAAAUUCGAUCAUUUAUGAUGCUAAACAUCAAAAAUUUAUUCAGAAAUACAAUCAUUUAAUGUAUGUGCAUAUAUGUACAAUGUUAUGUACUUAUCUGUCACUUAUUUAUCGUUCAUUAUUUAGCAGUAAUUAUGGAACGAGAAAAAAAAUUAAUGCGCUGCGCGCAAAAAAUCCUUGGUGCAAUAAAGAAAACUUUGUAAAAAGAAUAUCAAAUGUAAUAUCACAUUAAAAAAUAUUAUUACAGUAUUCAUUAAUAAUUAAACAAAUUCGAAGCAGUAUUUAAAGUUAAUGUCAGAGAUUAAAACGCGAACACGAUGUCAUUUCUUAUACCUUCUUAAAUGCAAUCCUUAUUGCAUGCGCGAUUAUUAUAGCGUCAUCAUCGGCGUGCGAAUCGAGCAGCCGAUUUCAAUCUCACUCUUUUUAGUUUUUGCAAAUUAGCAUUUGAAUGGGCUUUUUCCACGGUUUUUAUUGUCAGAUCAAUUAUAUGUUAAAACUUGCUAACCGAUGAGUUUUCUGAGCCGUUUUGUGCCUCCCACCAACUUAAGGCGGAUUUCCUAGUUGGACGUCCUCGGCGCAGAUGCGGCUUUUGGGAAGGGACUUCUCUCUCGAUGCCGGCGACGGCGGCCGGCCGAGGACGAUUCGAUCAUCAGUGCGCGAGAUGUCAUUGGCAGGAUAGGACCAGCUCCACCAACGGACGGUGUGCGCGCACCGGCGUGAAUCAAUUACUCCGCGUACUCGUCCGUCUGGUACCCGAGGUCUAGAUGCCUCAGUCUCGGAAGAUUUUGCCGGAGGAUUAGCCGGGCCCUCUUCGUAAAAUCUACCGGAGGAUCGUCGAGGAUCUUGAAGGAAAAUGACGUCAAUCAACGUUUUAAGAUGAAUCCAUCGACGCCGCUGCGGCUCGUUCGCGAUCCUUCGAAAUGGUGCGAGCGCAGCCUGCGUUCUUAUUGACGGGACGUGGAGCGCCGUCGACCGUCCAGACGAAUCGAUAAACUGCGAGUGCGAGCGGUGUUGCGGCGGUGGAGGAUAUCCGCAAGUCUAGCCACCCCCGAAGACCGGAGAGCCACCGCUUGUCCGCCGGAUUGAGUUUCGUGGAGAGCGACAAAUCGCAGGGUUAUCAGGAUGAUGACUUGUUGGGUCCUGGUCGGAGUCUUCGUGGCCAUCGUGCUCAUUUAUGGCCUCCUCGAAUUUCAUUACUUCCUGCGCAUGUUUCUCACCGUCUUCCUCGCGCGCUACUGCAAAAAAAGGGUGCACAUUCUCGAUGAAACCGUGAUCUACGGAAUUUGCACUACCAACGACGUAGACGCGCUUUUGUACCACAUGAACAACGCAAGGUAUCUUCGCGAGCUCGAUUUUGCGAGGGUCGACUUUUAUGAGAGAACCGAUUUGUAUCGAGAGGUUCGUUCUCAAGGUUCAGGCGUUGUGCAAGGAGCUGCCACUAUACGCUACAGGCGUUUCAUCAAACCGCUAACAAUCUUUAAAAUUACGUCUAAGAUUAUUUAUUGGGACGAGAGGAGUUUUUUCAUGGAGCAUCGAUUUAUCACGCCGAGCGAUGGUUUCAUAAGAGCAAUCGCGAUUUGCAGGCAGAGACUUCUUAACUGUAGCGCCGACACUGUGAUUGGUGCCCUAUUAAAUCGUGGAGUGAAGCAAAAUGGAAAUGUCGAAGCAGGUGUAGUGCAGGUAUCUCCUGUACGGCCAGAGAUGCCGCCCGAAGUGAGCAGGUGGAUGGAAAGUAACGAGAUAUCCUCGGCGAUGUUGAGGCAGGAGCCGAUCACGAUGACGACGCGCUGCUGACAAACGGACGCCGCGACGACCAGCGGCGACAUCGUUUUAGCACCAAUAUACACAACCACGACCGUGUAACAAGCGGAAUAUCGGAAUGCGAUCUCCUGUACACAACUUUAAUCGUCGGACGUGGCCAGACGACGGAUGUCGUUCGGAUGGAAUUCCGUAAUGAGAGCGAUUAAUCGUAAUUUAUGUAGGUAUUUAAUUACCUUUGAGAGGCGGGAAUUUAGCGCGGCCUUAUACGACGAAAUAAAUGAUAAAAGCGGCCUA